AUGACAUCCGCGCCAACAUCGUUGCGCGACAUAUACGCAGCGCCAUCGAAUGCAUGGUCGUUUGUACCAGCAAGUCUUCCCGGCUCUCCAGAAAACUCGACAGACAUAUAUUCUCCCGGAACCUCAUCCUCAUCCUAUGAAUGGUCCACAAGAACCAACACCAAUCCCCUCUUUGAUCUCUCUGCGACUUACGCGUCGACCGAGGAUGGUUUUGACGUGAAACUAGUCGCCCAGGGCCUCGUUACCGCGGCGUUGUCCAGCUAUGCUAGCCAGGCCCUCACAAUGCCAUUCGAGGUCGGGAAGACCCUCUUGCAAGUGCAAUGGGUACCCAGAGACGCAGAAGAAGCAGCGAUGGGUGUGACCACAGACCUCGCGGACGAGGAAGAGGAACUCAGUGAUACGUCAAUUGAUAACGAGACAUACUUUGCGGACCCGAGUAAACUCGAGGCCGAGGGCGAGACUCUUCCCCCUCCUCGGGUUGCUGACGAGCGAGGUUACGUCGUGAGACAGUCCGUUCUGGACGAAGCAGCAACACCGGAAUAUGUCAUGCCUCUCGGCUCAGCAGACGGUACAUGGGGCAUGAUCAAGCAGCUUGGUCGUUUCCGUUCCGAGGGCUGGCUCUCGUUGUGGAAAGGGUUGCUAACGACGACCGUCCAUGAGGCUCUGUACAACGGCCUACAACCGUCUUGUCACGCUAUUCUCCAAUAUAUCCUCUCGCCAAUCUUCCCCUCCCUCUCUUCUGCAUCGUCUUCGCUCCUCCUACCUGUUGCUUCACACACCCUUGCUGGUUUCAUACUCUCCCCUCUCCAGCUUGUUCGAACCCGCUUGAUCAUUCAGUCCGCCAACCCCCGCUUCCGCACCUACUCCGGCCCGAUUGACGCGCUCUCGCAGAUCCUCGCCCACGAGGGCGGCCUGCAUGGCGUCUACCUACACCCCCACCUGCUCAUCCCCACCCUGCUCGAACACACCCUCCGCGGGCUCAUCCCGCUCACCCUCCCCGCGCUCAUUGCGUCUUACCUAGGGUUCGGCACGCACCUCUCGCCCGACAUGCACCCGGUCCUGUGGAACAUCUCCGAGCUCCUCGGUGACUUCGCGGGCUCGCUGAUCAUGCUGCCGAUCGAAACCAUCCGCAGACGGCUCCAGGCGCAGGUGCGCGGCACCGCAAAACCGCUCCGCGCGUGCGUGGAGGUACGUCCUGCGCCGUACAAUGGCGUAGUGGACGCGCUGUGGCACAUCAUCACGGAGGAGCGCUCUGACCUCCCACUCCGAACACGCGCACGGAGAAAGAGCAAGGGCAAGGCGAAGGAGGGUGCAGUAGAAGAGGAAGAGAAGAGCAGCUGGCUGAGGAGCACGGGAAUCGGCCAGUUGUAUCGUGGCCUAGGUGUCCGCCUCGCGGUUGGUUUCACAGUAUUCGUGCUUGCCUCGUUGAGUGACAAGGAAUCUGAUGGCGGGUGGGCGGAGCUGUGA